AUUCCCGACAAGGCGCAAAGGGGGUCCCGUCUCCGUAAGUGUAAGGCGAUACUUCCUGUUCCGCGAUUUCGCUGCGUAGAAUCCUACAUGGGCGAGUGCAAUUGGCGGUGGAAUUGAGCUGUGUCGAUUGAUCUGCGUUUGAAUUGAAAUAUUUCUGCAAUCGAUCUGCUUUAGUUCAUCCAAAUAAUGCCUCGCAGAAGAUCAAACUUAGGUCGUCAUACUCGCGGAGCGAAAGCAGUGCGACGAGUAAUUGCAAAUCUGACUAAGGAAGAAUGGGCAUCAGCGAACAAGCGAAACAGACAAAGAAUGGCUCAAAUACGUGCCGAGGAAACAGCCGAGCGACGUGCAGCCAGACUUGAGGAUGCACGGUUGUGAGCACGGCAAUCGCGUUCUGCAGCUUCAGAUCUGCUUCGUUCUCAACAGAAUGAAUGCGACAGGCUCAGAGUGGCUGAAAGACGUCAAUGAGAAACAGCAGAUCAGCGUCAAACACGACUCCGUGCUCAGCAAUCACGCGAUUACAAUCGCCUUGCAUUCUGGUACAACCCAGCUAUUGAAAAUCGGCGUGCCAAUUAUCAUGUUGCGAAAUAUCAACCAGCCAAAGCUUUGCAACGGCACGCGGCUUGCAGUAACAAAAUUACUGAGCAACGUCGUAGAAGCAACAAUCUUGACAGGACCUUUCAAAGGUGAAGAUGUCCUCAUUCCUCGCAUUCCUAUGAUUCCAACGGAUAUGCCAUUUCAAUUUAAGAGAUUGCAAUUCCCAAUUCGAUUGCCGUUUGCAAUCACCAUCAACAAAGCUCAGGGCCAAUCUUUAGAAUUGUGCAGUUUAGAUCUAGACACAGAUUGCUUCUCACAUGGACAAUUAUAUGUUGCGUGUUCUAGAGUCGGCAAACCAGACAAUCUCUAUAUCUGCACAGACAAUGGAACAACAAAAAAUAUUGUAUACCCACAAGCAUUGUGAAAUUAAACAUAUUAGAAACGUG